AAAAACCCUUGUAAGAAGUAAUUUGGAAUGAAUUUAUUUAGGUUUCUCGGUGAUCUUUCACAUCUUGCUAGUGUCUUUAUUUUGCUUCAGAAGAUCCGUAAAUCACGGUCAUGUUCUGGAAUAUCAUUUAAAUCACAAGUUUUGUUUUCAAUUGUUUAUCUUACUCGAUAUAUUGAUCUUUUCUUGAAUUAUGUUUCCUUUUAUAACACACUCAUGAAGAUAUUUUUUAUUGCCAGUCAAAGUUAUAUUAUUUAUCUUAUGAAAGGACCUUUCAAGCCGACAAAUGACCCAAAUAUUGAUACAUUUAAAAUACAAUAUUUAAUUGGCGGAGCAGCUAUAUUAGCAAUUAUUUCUCCAAGUAGAUAUACAUUUUUAGAAAUUUUUUGGUGUUUUAGUAUAUGGCUCGAAUCGGUUGCUAUUUUGCCGCAAUUGUUAAUGUUACAAAGAACAGGAGAGGCAGAAAGCUUAACUACGCAUUAUUUGUUUUGUUUGGGAUUAUAUAGAGGAUUUUAUAUUCCAAAUUGGAUUUAUCGAUAUAUAACAGAGAGGUUUUAUGAUAUUGUCGCUAUUAUUGCAGGUCUUAUUCAAACAGGAUUAUAUGCAGAUUUCUUUUGGCUUUAUUAUACAAAAGUACUCUAUGGGAAGAAAUUUGAAUUACCAGCUUAA